AUGGCAACGUUUGACCACGAUUCGCACAAGAAGCGCCGCGAGGCAGGACAAAAACUGCUAGAUGCGAUCGAGGACUCGUCAACUGAAGCGCUGUGGCGGAUGUACUCUGGUGCAAGAGCUUCGCUGCCGUACCGGGAUCGUAUGUCGAACUUGACAUGGCGCAUGUUGGGCCUGCGUGUGAAAACCAUGCUAACGGCGCGCACUACAACAGCUACAGGAAAAACUCCAUCAGACUCUUUCGACUAUAUGACAGAAGUCCGCGCCAAUCCUAUCGUCGGCGAAAUGCCUUCUACAAAACCACAACCAUCGGCAAGUAUCCCGGUGACCACCGCCGAUGACCUAAACAGCAAUGGUAAUCUUUAUGGGCUUGAUUCCCACGCUCAAUACGGCUCCUUUACGGCUUUCGAUCAGCACGUUGGAUUUAUGGCCGAUCUCGACUCCGACCAUUUCGGGGUUAUAGGCAGCCACCAACGCGACGAAGAUGAAGAAGAUGAAGAUACAGAGUUACGCGGGGCGGCUCCAUACUCAUCGCCAGCACUAGUAAGCGAUAGCGGGGUUUCUUCCGCCGGAGGGAACAACAACAAUAACAUUGACAUCAGCACCACUGGAUCGUUCACACCCGUACCAACGUCCUUCUCACACAUGGAUGAUUCUUCUGUACCCUCCUUUGCCAAUGCCUUUUCAUCCUCUGCCAUCACAAAUCCGCAGUCUUAUUUCGACGAACAAGACUUUUUACGUCCUCUCAACGAAUCGCAUGAUGUUCUUGCUGCCACGAUGCCGCCACUCCAUGCUUCGAAUUCACAGGUGUCUCUGCCCGACUUGUACGAUAGAAAUUCAAACAUCACUCCAAUAUCUAUUGCAAGGCCAAACUCCGCUUGGCAAGGUCACACCGGCACCAUGGGAUCUGCUUCACCAAGUUCGUCAGUACUAAUUGCCUCGUCGUUGCCCAACCCGCAACCCUUGCGGCGCACUACUAAUGUUAAUGCUGUGAGAAAGAAGCAAAUCAAAACAUCAAAUUCAAGAAGGAGUAGUUCAAGUUUUGCACCCAUUAAGCCUGGGAACGCGGUUUUGUCCACAAGCGUAACUCAGGACAAUGGAGGAGCUACUUCUGCACAAACUGCUCGAAGACCAGUAUCUGCGGGUAGCGGGGCGAACGCAGCCAAAGCAGAAACGCAGUGCAACAACUGUAACACCAAGACUACACCUCUUUGGAGAAGAGACCCCGAGGGUAAUCCCCUGUGUAACGCUUGCGGGCUUUUUCUGAAACUACACGGUGUGGUGCGGCCGCUGUCGCUGAAAACAGAUGUUAUCAAAAAGCGUCAAAGAACUACUAGCAAGCCUCCUGGUCAAUCGACAACCACUUUCAAGGACGAUUCAUUUUCGAAAGACGCAGUACCGAGGGCUAGGAGGCCCCCUGCAAAGAAGAAAAUAUCGUCAACCAGUAUUCUGGAUGCGUCACAACCGGCUUCUUCUAUUGUCCCACAGGGUUCUGUUGCGAGAAGAAAAAUCAAAGCGAGUUCAAAUGGUAGAGAUGUCGAUAGUACUGCAAGCAGCGAAAGCGGGUCAGGAACCCCUACUCCGGCUACAACCUCAUCAACUGAGGCACAACACUCUUUACCGAGAGCGCUAUCCAUCAAUCCUUCUGAAAUGGAAGUCGAUUCCCAUUCGAUGAAUCCGGAUGCCGGUCGACUAGGACUGGCCAACCCGAACCCUAACGGCGGCGGUCUUGACAUUUUUCUAAACCAGUGGUCCCAUUCUCAACCCUCCGAUCAGCGAACCCCAGAUGGUGACGUUUUUGACGAGGCUACAAUUCAACCUGUCGCCAAGACCGAGAAUUCCUUGAAUUUUACCAUGAACCCGGCCAACGCGGCUGGCGACCAGUCGACGCUGAUGACUGAGGGCAUGGUCCCUACGGACACAAAAAAGAAUGCCGGCGACAAUGCAAAUUGGGAGUGGCUGACUUUGAGUCUCUGA